UAUGUUUUUCUGUUCUGUACUUUUUUAUAUAUAUAUAUAUAUAUACUCUCUGCUCGAGAGAUUGGAAGUGAACAGGCCCUGCUUCAAUUCUGCUUUUGAAGAAGAAUUAUAAUACAAGAGCCGAUCAAAACCAGAUUGAUCACUUGUUUGUUUCGUUUUAGGAAGAAAAAUCUCCUGUUGAGAAAAAAAAAAUAAAAAAAUGGAAGACAAUAUUAUGAACAUAGUUGUGUUUGGAGUGAUUUCAUGGGCAACAGCUUUUCUGUUAACAAGGAAGUGGAUCUUCCCAAAGCGGUCGUUUGAGUUCUGCAACCGAGUUGUUUCUACCAUUCAUGCAACUUUAGCUGUAAUCUUAUCCUCUCUCUCCGUUCAAGACUGGAGCUGCCCUGCUUGUCCUCUGGCUUCAAAGGCUUCCCCAAAGCAGAUGGAAACUCUGGCAGUGAGCCUGUCUUAUAUGGUGUAUGAUUUAGUAUGUAGCUCCUUUGACAAGGGAGUCGGUCUCGACAAUUCGAUCCACCAUCUGGUCAGCAUCGUCGGAUUUGGAGCAGUCCUGGCCUAUGGGAGGUGUGGAUCGGAGGUGGUAGCUGCAUUAUGGGUAUCCGAAAUCUCUAGCCCCUUCCUCCACUUGAGAGAGUUCCUCAAAGAGCUUGGAUACAAGGACACUGACCUUAAUUUGGCAGCCGAUAUUUCGUUUGCAGUGAUAUUUACAUUGGGUAGGAUGGUUGGUGGACCUUAUGUCACUUACGUGACUGUGUCUGCUAGCAAUCCGUUUAUCAUAAAGGCAAUGGCAUUGAGCUUGCAGCUGGUCAGUGUCUUCUGGUUCUACAAAAUCCUGAGGAUGGUGAAGUACAAAUUGAGCAAGAGGACACAUCAAAUUGCACCAAAAAAUUGAACUGCGUGGGCAGGAAAGUCAAAGUCGAUCGUGCCUCUCGAUUGGCAUGCUCCACGAUCGAAUAACCUUAUUGCGGUGAUGUUUAUGUAAACAUUUAGUGACCAAGAAUUCUUGUAAUUCUGGUAGUGUAUUCCACUGUCGGGAGAUCUACAGUACAAGUGAGAUACUAAUAUUUCUAAUUCA